CUCAUUUUAUUUCUUUAUUAGGCACAGAAAUAGACGAUGCAUUUCUACAAAUAGCAGCUUGGAGAAGGACAAAUCCAAUGGAUUGCAUAGGAAAAAGGCUUGGGGAAGCCUAUUCCGAAACGGCUGUUUCUAUCACAAUAACGUCUCUAACAAGCAUCAUCUCUUUCUGCAUUGGAAUGGCUUCACCUUUUCCAGUUAUUCGUAUAUUUUGCGCAUACGCUGCAAUAACGAUCUAUUUUGCUUAUCUCUAUCAGAUUACUUUCUUCGGUAGUUGUAUGGCAUUGAGUGGAUUUACUGAAAAGAAUGGAAUGAAUUCUCUAAUAUUUUGUCACGUCCAAGAUAAAGAAAAGAGAAAAUUGCCGAAUACAAAUAUCCACGAAGACUUCAUACUAGCAAAAUUUCGUGAUGUUAUUGGAUCUCUACUUACUAACAGAAUAUAUAAAUUCGUGAUAUUAUCAAUAUUUAUAAUUAACGUUUCUAUCGCUGUUUGGGCACUAAAAUAUAUAAAAAUAGGAAACGAACUUUCUGAUGCAUUUUCUGAUAAUUCACAAACUGGAAAGUUUACAAAAAUACUAUACAAACAUUUCCACGCUUACAUCUACCCAGUAAAUGUUAUAAUUGAUACACCACUCGAUUACAAUAACUUUGAAACUAGAAAAGCCAUUAAUGACACCUUAAACAUAUUAGAAAGGCAUGNGAGGCUCUACUGUAGUCUAUAUUCUGAUAAAACGAAGCGAGGCAAUCGCGGCGCCACUAACUUCUGA